AUGGCUCUUGACUUCCCAGUCAUUUAUCUGCUCGCCUCGCACAUGGAUCCGGAUGAACUAUAUUCUAUCGAGGAUCAGAUACCUACUCUCACAUAUGACGUAAGGGAAGCAGAAGUUGUGAUUGGUAAGGUCGGCAAGAGGGAAAGGGCCCUGUUUGAGCUCCGUAGGAUCGGACUCAAGACUACCGAGGUGCCAUUAGGAAACCUCGAGGCAGAUGAGCCACCGAAAAAGCGAAGGAGAGUGUCAGAGCACGAUGAAAACCAGGGCCCGAAGACCAUAGUGGGUGACGCCACAACUCCUACAACCGUGGGAAGCCUCAUCAAGGUGGCCAAGUUGGCAUGGUUUACCGAUUCGAUCGCCAAAGGAGAAGUGCUUCCUAUAGACGGUUAUGUUGUUUACCAGGGCAUAAAUCUGGGAAGAGAAGAGCCGCUCCCACCUAGCAAUCAUGUCGUGGCCAGCUUCAAGGGAGGUGCUGCAACCGAGCAAGCUGGUGCUGGCAGCUUUCAUUCGAUACCUUCGUUCAAGAGACGACGAGAUCCGCCCCAGUCCUACAUACCGCACCUAAUGCCCGAAUCAACGUCGGAACACGACGCCGCGGAGAACCUACCCCCGCUACCAAGCUUCCUCCACAGUGUAUACUCUUGUCAGCGGCCUACACCUGCCGACCCUCCAAACUCGGCAUUUAUUGAGCAGCUGAAGGAGAUAAGGACCACUAGGCUGCUAAACGGAGACUCCAUCGGCGUGCGGGCGUACUCGACUGCGAUAGCAAGCCUUGCCGCUUACCCAUACACCUUGACGACACACAUAGAGGUCCAAAGGCUGCCUGGAUGCAACGAGAAAAUCGCCAUCCUUUAUCAGGAAUGGAAACACACCGGCAAGAUUAGGGAGGUCGAGGAGGCCGCGCAAGAUCCCAGACUCAAGGUUCUCCGGGAAUUCCAUUCGACGUGGGGCGUGGGCGCCACGACCGCGGGGGAUUGGUACAACAAAGGAUGGAGGGAUCUCGACGACGUCGUCGAAUAUGGCUGGGAAUCGCUCACGCGCGUCCAGCAGAUCGGCAUCAAAUACUACGACGAACUUCAGCUGAAGAUACCCCGAGAGGAGGUCGAAAAGAUUGCCAGUGUAGUUCUCCAGCAUGCCAAUAAGAUUCGAAGUGGCUUUCAGAUGGUCAUAGUUGGCGGUUAUCGCAGGGGCAAAGCUGAAAGCGGCGACGUCGACCUGAUUCUCAGCCACCCAGACGAGUCCGCGACAUACAGGUUUGUUACAAAGCUCGUAGAUGGCCUCUCGGAUAGCGACUACGUCACGCACACUCUGAGCUACACUUUGAAGAAUUCGGAGAGGGGCCAGAUGCCUGUAGCCUGGAAGGGGAGUGCUCCCAAGCCACCCGGUUCAGGCUUUGACACGUUAGACAAGGCUUUGGUGGUGUGGCAGGAACCGAAGCCAGGUGCUAAACAGAAUCCGAACCCCCACCGCCAGGUGGACAUCAUCAUCAGCCCCUGGAAGACGGCAGGCUGUGCUGUCCUUGGCUGGACUAGCGGGACCACAUUCCAGCGAGAUAUGCGCAAGUACUGCAAGGAAAAGCUGAAUCUCAAGUUCGACAGCAGUGGCAUCCGGUCGCGGGCUAAUGGCCGGUGGGUGGACUUGGAGAGCAGAAAUGGCGUGCCGGCGCCAGAUAUGCUCACUGCAGAAAGGAGGGUCUUCGAGGGACUGAAGUUGGAGUGGCGGCCACCAACGGAGAGGAAUACGGGCUGA